GUGUGUCUCUGUCGGUGAGUCUUGGCUGCGGUGUUUUUGUCUCCCUGUCAGUGAGCGGCGAUGGGCAGAAGCGACUAAAAGGAUACCCAGAGGAUAGGCGGGUGCUGUAAGAGAGGAGGAAAGGAGAGAGGGAAGAAGAAGAAGAAGAAGGAGGGGAGAGGAGGAGGAGGAGGAAGAGGGGGUGAGGAGUGCCAGGAGACUGGGGUGGAGAGCCCUGCAGCGGGAGCAGCUGGUGAGAGGCGGUGGUUGAUUGUGCGACAGGCCACCUCCGGCUCAUCAUGGCUCAGGUGCUGCAUAUGGACCCCAGCUUCCCAGGGAAGCUGAACUCGCCCACUCCCCCCGUCCUGCGCGGGAAGGAACAGGAGGCCCCCUACUCCGUCGAGACCCCCUACGGCUACCGUCUGGACCUGGACUUCCUCAAGUAUGUCAACGACAUCGAGAAGGGCCACACCCUCAAGAAGGUGCCCAACCAGAGGCGGCCGCGCUACGGCUCCCUGCCGCGCGGCCACGGCUACACGGGCUCCUGGUGGACGUCCACCGAGUCCCUCUGCUCCAACACCAGCGUGGACAGCCGCCACUCCUCCUUCUCCUACUGCGCCCCGGGCUUCCACAGCAACCAGCGGCCCAGCUUCAGCACGGCGCGAGUGGAGAAGACCCUGCUGGAUGCCCGGCGGAAGCUGGAGGAGGAGAAGGAGGGCCGGCGCUUCUCCAACCUGGGCAGCAUGCACAGCAGCAUGGCGGGCUCCAACACCUCCAUCAGCAGCGCGCACAGCUUCAACCGCGUCCAGGGCGGCGGCGGCGGCGGCGGCGGCGGCUCCUACACGCCCAUGAGCUCGGGCUUGUCCACCCCGGUGUCGCCCACCCCGGCCCACCUGUCGCACGUGCGGGAGCAGAUGGCGGUGGCGCUGCGGAAGAUCCGGGAGCUGGAGGAGCAGGUGAAGACCAUCCCGGUGCUGCAGGUCAAGGUCUCGGUGCUGCAGGAGGAGAAACGGCAGCUGAGCGUGCAGCUGAAGAGCCAGAAGUUCCUGGGCCACAGCUCGGGCUUCAGCAGGGGCCGUCCCAGAGGGGAGCUGUACAUCGACAUCCCCGAAGAAGAGGCGAACGCGGGGGCCGCCGCCGGCGCCGCGGCGCCGACGAGCCCCAAGCCCGAGGGGGGGCCGGCGUCCCCCACGACGCCCCGCGACGCCUCCAAGCCGGACUCGGGUUGCGAGAUCGAAGACACGGUGAUCGUGGGCGGGGCGCGGCCCGGGGCCGCCAGGGAGGUGCGUACCGUCGGGGUCGGGCCGGAGCAGGGGCCGCCGGUUCGGCACGCGGGGGUCGGGGUCCGGGAGCAGGACCUGGGGCUGCUCCCGGAGACGGACGCCCUGAGGGGCCAGGUGGGCCGGCUGGAGGAGGCGCUGAGGAAGGCGGCGGCGGACCUCCGCGCCGCGCGGCAGCAGGCAGAGCGGCCCGCCCAGGUCCUGCGCGCCGAGCACCCGGUCAGGACCACCAGUGUCGGCUGGCGGGAGCCCGAGGACCAGAGCCUGCAGACGCUGGUCAGCUUCACCCAGCACCCCGGGCAGAGGCAGCAGAGGACCGUGGGGGUCCAGGUGUACACCCUGGAGCAGCCCACCGUCACCGAGGUGGGGACGCUGAUCCGAGCCGAGAGCUGCAGCCCGGCCUCCCUCCCCACACCGCACGUCGCCCACGAGGGUCACCACCGAGGACACGUGGAAGUGAUCGCUUCAGAAGAUGCUCCGGUUGAGCUGCCGAUCGCUGUGAGCUCCAAGCAGGUGCGGGAUGUCCUGAGAAGCGAGUUGUCCACCUCAGUUCCUGUCGCUAAACCUGCCAUCGCCAUGGGAACGUCUGGCAAUCAGCCGCCAUUAUUGCAUCUGAGAGAUGCAGAGAGGACCCAGCCCACAGUCACUGAAGCAGCCCAUCCACAGGAGGGUCUUCCUCAGACAGCCUCUCCCCAGUUGUCUCUGAGGUCGAUUAUGAAGCGGAAAGCAGAGGGGGAACCUGGGUCUCCUUCCUUGAAGAAAAACCUCCAGUUCAUUGGAGUCAAUGGGGGAUACGAGUCCACCUCCUCCGAGGACAGCAGCAGCGAGAGCUCGGAGGAGAGCGACUCUAGCGAGUAUCACGAAGCCAGAGAGAAACUCCCCGAGUCGGCUGCCAGAAACCAGCUCCAAACUUCGGCCACGACCCCCGUCGCCAAUCCCCAUGCCCAGGACACCGACCCUCCACCAGGCCACACCGCCGUCAGACCACCAGCUCCAGCUCCAGCUCCAGCUGCUGAAGCUCCGCAGACCACCAGCCCGCCCGCCCCUGCAGACACAGAAGCGCAGCCUGGCCCCCGGCGGUCCCCAGAAGCGCGCCUAGACGUGGUGCAAAAGAGCGACUCGGAACCACAGGUGGCCGAGCUUAAUCUAAGCCCCGUCCCGUCCCAGACCGUCGCCCCGGACAACGCGGCCAGUCCCACGGCGGCAGAGGGGGACACCGGAGAGAGAGAGGUUUUGCCGGGGACGCUCGCCCCGGAGUCCGUCGCCGUGGCAACGCUGUGCUCCACGGCGCGGCGUCGCCGGUCAAAUCGAGGUCGCAGACGGCGGCGAGCGCGCUCAGUACGUCGUCCAAUCGGAAGCUCUCGCUCCGACCCCUCAGCUGGUAGCCGACGAAUCAAACUCCACGCAGGCUCCGCCGCAGACCACCGUGCCGCCAUCGUCCUCCGCGCCCCCCCGGCCCAAAUGAGUGACAACCUGAUGGCAGCUCUCCACACCCUGCAGAAGUCCCUGGGAGACCCCAAUGCCUUCAGUCAGCAGGGCGCGAGGGCGGCCUACACCAGCGUCCUGCAGGAGUGGCUGCGCGUCUCCUGCAACAAGACGGCAGACCCGGCCCUGGUGCGGCUCUACAUGGACGCCUUCGCCUCCUGCUCGCCCCAGCUGCUGGAGUUUGUGAUCAACAUGGCCGACGGCAACGGGAACACGGCGCUGCACUACACCGUGUCCCACUCCAACUUCCCCGUGGUCAGACUGCUGCUGGACACCGGCAUGUGCAACGCUGACAAACAGAACAAGGCCGGUUACACUGCCAUCAUGCUGACAGCGCUGGCUGCCUUCCACUCUGACAGCGACCUCCACACAGUCCUGCAGCUGCUCAGGACAGGCGAUGUUAAUGCCAAGGCCAGCCAGGCCGGCCAGACGGCACUGAUGCUAGCGGUUAGCCACGGCCGCGGGGACAUGGUGCGUGCGCUGCUGUCCUGCGGCGCGCAGGUCAACGUGCGCGACGACGACGGCUCCACGGCGCUCAUGUGCGCCUGCGAGCACGGCCACGUCGACAUCGUGCGGCAGCUGCUGUCCGCGCCGGGCUGCGACGCCACGCUCACGGACAACGAUGGCAGCACAGCGCUGUCCAUUUCCCUGGAGGCCAGCCAGAACGACAUCGCCGUCCUGCUCUAUGCACACCUGAACUUUGCAAAACCCCCUUCUCCUGUGUCCCCCAGGUCCUCACUUCUGGGCCCUUCCUCUCCGCCUGGGGAAACAAAGUGAUGGACGUGUCCCCCGUUGGUGACACCCACUCUUCAGUCUACUUCUAUUUCUGUCUGCCUUUUCAUGUGUGCAACGGACCGAUACUGUUCGUGUGUGUGUGUGUGUGUGUGUGUGUGUGUGUGUGUGUGUGUGUGUGUGUGUGUGUGUGUGUGUGUGUGUGUGUGUGUGUGUGUGUGUGUGUGUGUGUGUGUGUGUGUGUGUGUUUUCUCUUUGUAUUUCCACUAUCUAACUAACAUUCUGGAGAUGUAAAGAUAAUGGCAUGACUCAACCACUCAACUUUACAUUGAUGUAUGGAACAUACGUACGUACGUACGUACGUACGUACUUACUUACAUACAUGCACUCCACCCCCAGCCAUACCAUUACAGCGACAAAAGUGACCAUUUGGUAAUGCUUGAAAAGUAGCGUUGACUCUGUCCGAAUUUCAACUAUUUUUUUUACUAUACAGAACUGUUUCUUCUUAAAGCAAUAUAUAUUUUUUGUAGCCUAAUGAACUGUUAUACAUCCAUACGUCAACAAACAUAUUCCUUUGUGUAUCACCAGCACGGCCGUUUAAGGAAUAGCACAAGCCACCUCUCUCGUAGCAAAGUGUCCUUGAUAUAUCGCCUCAGUUACCAUUUUUGGCGCUACAAAGUCCAACACCUAUUCACCUCUUAGAUAAUAAUAAUAAUUAUACUACAAUUUAUACACAAAACCUCUUUACUGAACAAUAUUUUGUUAUAGUCCCUAUUACUUAUUCUGAUUCAAAUGUAUGACUACCAGUGCUAGUGACAUAUCAUAUUGGAGCACCGGUUUACCUAUAUAAACACUGAUCUCUUUUUAAUGUACUCCCAGCUCUUUUUUCUUUCCUAAAACGGAUCCAAAGAUGUAUCCCACAAUUCAACUCUUCCACACUGUUGAGUUGUGUGCAGGUGUGUGAACCGGUGCAGUUGCAGAGGGUCAAUAAUUGACAAGGUUUCUUUCAAAAUGUAUAGUACUGUAGUCUAUGGUUUGGUUUGGUUUGUUUUCUCAGUGAAGGUAUUUUGGAAUGAUCCUAGAAAGGUUCGGCAUUGGACGUGGAUGUCAAAGACAAUGUUUGAGUGAUCCAAUGGAAGUUAGAACUUUUAUGGCAUCUAGAAAGUGACUUGAGUCCUUGUAAAGGAUGUGAUGUGUAAGAUAGGAGUAUCAAAAUAAUAUAUGUCCUUCGAAAAAUUGUGGUGAUGCAUUAAGUCAAAUUCUUUUUAAAUGUGUAUCAAUGACAGAAUUUAUAUUACUUUUGAAUAUUUUUCCCACUCUUUUAAUAUACACUUUUGAGUAAUAGAAUUUUUAUAGACUUUUUUUAAUUUAACUGUCCGUCUUUUUAUACAUUUGGUUUUAUAUUGUCACAUAUUCACAGUUCUUUGGUUUAAGUUUUAACUACUUGUGCAAGUUUGUGUGUUGCCAAAGUAUUUGUUCAUUUGGAAGAAAUAUAAUAAAUGUGGAUUCCAAAAUGGACUAUAUGGUCUAUUCAUUGCAACUAUAAAGACAUCAAGGUGUAAAGAAAUUGCAACAACUGGCAUUCCAGUUGUUCUAAUUAAUUGAUCCUAGUAAUAAACAAUUAUAAUGCAAUAAAAUAAAACUACAAUUGAGUUUACAGCUAAUUACUAUCUUGAUAUGAAAACAAGGGCAAUCAUUUUUUUUUUUUGCUUUAUUUCAUAUAACAUGCGUCAAUGAUUUACAUUGCAGAUAUUUCGUUGCAGACAUGUGUCGAUGAACAUUGCAAAUAUUUCGAUGCAGACACGUGCCGAUGAUGACCAUUUCGCAUUUUUCGUAUUGGGUUUUUACCUAUACUUUUCGCACAAUGCCAGACAAAUUAGAGCUAAAUAUUUGUCGACAGAAACAUGCACCUGAGGAGUGAAAUCAUCUGGGAACAUCAAUCCCAGCACGACCACCAGGUUGAGGUUCAAGAUCUAGAAAUAAUAAUACAAAUGGUUAGAUUUAAAAUGUUCUGUUAUUACAAUGAUAGGAUGGUGAAUGGUGAGAGCCUUUUAUUGAUCGUUAUUUUACACCUGAACAAGUUUACCUUGAAGUUUGCGGGGUCAAUGCGCAGACGGAAAGCAUGGAGCUCACUGAGCUCGAGAAGACCACCGACAAGGUCGUCAAUCAGGUCGACGGAAUCCAGGACCCCUUUCACCACGGUGUAGCCAUGCUUCCUAAUGUUGGGGGAGUCGGGCCCGAGGUCUUUCCAGUGGGAGAAGUAGACUUUGGUUUGGGGGUAGACGACGAUUGUGCUGAAGAUGGAGAGAUGGAGGGGGGAGAAACAAAUGUCAAAUAAGUCAGCCAUUAAGUGGAUACUUUCUGAGCGUAACAAUAUGCGUUAUGGCCUAUGUGGUCUCUAAAAAGAGCAGUUUGUUUACCGUGCCAGCGUCUGGUGUCCGAUCUCCACCGCUUUGCUGGAGAUCUUGGCAAAGAAUCCCUUGAUGAGGGCCUUGUCUUUGUCUGUGAGACUCAUGUUGUAGGCUUUUGUCUUCUGUACUGUACUCCAACGAUGGAUGUUCUAUUUAUAGGGCUAUAUGCUGGACUCCACCUACCAGUUUGAGGAGUUGCCAAGAUUGUAUUUCAUAUCAAGAUCUGACCUCUCCCAUGAGAUUGACUUUCGUGACUUGAAAAUGCAUGACAAAUAAUGUGCAUUCCGAUUCACGGUCAUGCCAUUGAUUGAUUCCCGGUAAAGCAUUUUCGAGGGGAGAAUAAUGCAAUUUUGCAACCAAAGUUCAUUUUUGAGUUUAUUUUAAGAAUGGGCGUUACCAAACAACAUUGGAUAUAUUCCAAGAUUGCUUUCUUAUCUCUGACAUGAGAAGCAGUGUUUCCUCGAGAGGUUUCUAGCGCCUCCACUCCUGACUCCAAUGCUGACGCUGCAGCACGGGUAUGCAUAUGGCCACAAAAAGAAGGUGACUUUUUUCAUUAUUUGUGUCUAUUUCAACUGUUGAUAGAUGAUAGGAGGAUAUAUUCUCUAUGUGUGGUAGUCUGACGUUUGUUUGUUGUAGGCCUAUAUUAGUAAUCUAUUGCUGACCAUUAUUUCAUGGGCGCGCUCUCAGCGCUGCAAAAGAUGUGUGCGUUACUGUGAGAUGUAUGGAGUCAGUUUCCUGCCAUAAUUCAAACCUGAAAAAAAAAGUUUCAAAGGCUUGUAAGUCUGGGUUUGAAAACUCAACACCUUGUAAAAUAGGUUUUGCAACACUGAAAAAAGAGAUUAUAACCUGAAAAAAAAUAAAACUAAAAUUCAAACAUCUGUAAACAUGAUCUUGUGUUCUAUUUUAUCUUCUUCAUCAUUUUCACCAACACAUUUUCAAAGUUCAAACAAUUUCACCAGCGCAUUUGCAGAGUUUCAAAUCUGGCACUGUUCUAACAGUGUAUUUCAUUGUUGCCCGGUUUUGAAACCUUGUAAAUGGGAUUCUGCAAACAGGUGUUCAUACAUUGAGAAAUACGUUUUGAAAGGUUGAAUAUUUAGUUUUAAAAACUUGUAAAGGUGUACGUUUACGACAUUGCAACGUAUUUUUUCAAAACUGGCUUUUCAGCACUGACUUUUCAGAGAUUUGACCACACAGGCGCAAGCUUUGAGUCACGUGAAUAUUGGCAGUGUUCUGACGCCACUCGUUUUGAAACUCCUGACAGUCGAAUCUGAAAAAGAAAAAAACGUUCCUGGGGGCGGGACCAUUUAGCUCUAAACCUAUUGGUUGCUCUCGGCUGACGUACAUUCCAAUCACAUGUGCCGUUCAACGGGCUGUGCGUGAUUGACAGUGCUCUGCCGAUGACACGAAUAACAAGCGACUUUCGAGGUUGAUUUUGAUUUCCAUUUUCUGGAACCAGAAGCUGUGUUCGAAAUCGUUCCCUAUUCCCUAUAUAGUGUACAUGAUAUAGUGCACUAUAUAGGGAAUAGGGAACGAGAAUUCGGACACUACGCCUAACAUUUCUAAACGUCAUUUGCGUCAGUAAAUGCGCCUGGUAUUUGUGUGACGUGAUGCGCCGACAUCAUCUAAACAAACCGGGCUGGAGGUUGUAUUGAUGUUGAAUGUUACAUUUCCUUGUUCAAGUUUUUUUUAAUUAAUUUUGAAUGUUAAAUCCCAAAUAAAUUGUUGACAUUUCUAAACACAAGCCGGAGACGCUUCUUCUUCUCCCCUGGAAAAAUACAACCGCAUUGCAUUGUGGUAUACGGGAGUAACAUGUAGGGAACAUCGUAUGUACCCUAUUUUAAGUCCACUAUAUAGUGGACCACUGAGAAUUCGAACACCCUACAAAGAGUCUCAUCUCCAUAGGACGCGACUAGCAAGGACGC